GUGAUCAGCGGUGUCCAAUGACACGCUGUGAUCACCAGUGCCCUGAUGAUCGCUGCCCAGCAGUGCCACCCGCAAGUUCCGCCCACCUGUGCCCAGCAGUGCGCCCACUAGCUCCGCCCACCUGUGCCCAGCAGAUCACCCACCUGUGCCCAGCAGUGCCCCCACCUGUGCCCAGCAGUGCACCCACCUGUGCCACUCUGCAGUGUCACCCACCUGUGCCCAGAAGUGCCACCCACCUGUGCCCAGCAGUGCCACCCACCUGUGCCCAGCAGUGCCACACACCUGUGCCCACCCACCAGUGCAGCCCAGCAGUGCUGCCAGUCAAUGCCACCAGUCAGUGCCCAGGGGUUGUGCCAGUCAGUGCCGCCAGUCAGUGCCCAGCAGUGAUGCCAGUCAGUGCCGUCUAUCAGUACCCAUCAUCAGUGUCACCUAUCAGU